GGUGCAUUGAGAGGAUUCUUAGGAACGGUUGGUUCCUUUUGUAUUACAAUAUUUCUUUUCCUAUGCAAUAGUUUCUUCCCUUUCCUUCUUUCGAGAAUUCUUAUUGGCCUCCUUCCAGGGCUCAACUAUUGUGAGAAGAAAGAGAUAGGGGAAAAACUGGUGUUCCGGCGAUAUUGCAGUAAUUUUUAACAUAUAAAAUAUUUCGCCGGAACCCAGAGAAAUCAAUAAUGUCUUCCCCUCAUAACUCUGCUCCCCAUAAUUCCACUCCCGAUAACUCCUCCCCUGAUGAUGCCACUCCCGAUAAUUCCAUUCCCGAUAACUCCACCCCUGAUGAUGCCACUCCUGAUAAUUCCAUUCCCGACAAUUUCACACCUGAUAAUUCUACGCCUGAUAACUCCACGCCCGAUAACUCCAAUGGGUCACACAAAAGUUCCUCAAUGUCCCCUCCUUCAAUGGAGAGACACAAUACUCCAACAUCGGGAAAAGAUUCGCCAAAUAAAUCAUUGAAUGCGAAAUCAUCGGGUUCAAACAAUGACAGUGGUGAUAAAGCAGCAAUGGGAGCUGGGAUUGGAGUAGGGUUUGUUCUUCUUGUGCUAGUCAUUGUGUGUUUCAUUUGGAGGUGCAAGAAGAAAAAACGAAAGCAAAAGUAUUAUUAUCCAGAUCCUUCUCAAGGAAAAGCGAGUAACUAUUACAACAGUGGGCAACACCCUCUCCCUAGUUGGCAAGCAGGUUCAGGUCCUCAUGGGGGUGACCAUGUUAUGAGGGUACAACAACAACAAGGAAUGGGAAUGGGAAUGGGAAUGGGGAUGGGUAUGGGAAUGGGUCCUCAUAGUGGUGGCUGGGGUGCACCACCACAUCCUAUGAUGAGCAGUGGUGAAAUGAGCUCCAAUUACUCAUUGGGAAUGAGUUCUUCCUCACCAGGCCUUUCUCUUGCACUCAACGCCAAUGGUGGCACAUUCACUUAUGAGGAACUUGCAGCUGCCACCAAAGGUUUUGCCAAUGAGAACAUCAUAGGACAAGGUGGCUUUGGUUAUGUCCACAAGGGAAUUUUGCCUAAUGGAAAGGAAGUGGCUGUUAAGAGUCUUAAAGCGGGUAGUGGCCAAGGAGAGCGUGAGUUCCAAGCUGAGAUUGAAAUCAUUAGCCGUGUUCAUCAUCGCCAUCUUGUGUCACUUGUUGGAUAUUGCAUUUGUGGGGGGCAAAGAAUGUUGGUCUAUGAAUUUGUUCCCAAUUCGACUUUGGAACAUCACCUUCAUGGAAAGGGCAUGCCUACGAUGGAUUGGCCUACUAGAAUGCGAAUUGCACUUGGAUCCGCUAAAGGGCUUGCCUACCUUCAUGAAGAUUGUAGCCCUCGCAUUAUCCACCGUGAUAUUAAAGCUUCUAAUGUCCUUCUUGAUCAAAGCUUCGAAGCAAAGGUCUCUGAUUUUGGAUUGGCUAAGUUGACCAAUGAUACUAAUACACAUGUCUCUACUCGUGUCAUGGGAACAUUCGGGUAUCUCGCCCCAGAAUACGCAUCAAGUGGAAAAUUGACAGAGAAAUCUGACGUUUUCUCAUUUGGGGUCAUGCUAUUGGAACUCAUAACCGGGAAACGACCUGUGGAUUUGACAAAUGCCAUGGAUGAAAGUUUAGUGGAUUGGGCUCGACCACUCCUGAAUAAAGGGUUGGAGGAUGGCAACUUUAGAGAGUUAGUGGAUCCAUUUUUGGAAGGCAAAUACAAUCCCCAAGAAAUGACAAGAAUGGCAGCCUGCGCUGCUGCAAGCAUUCGUCAUUCUGCCAAGAAACGUUCAAAAAUGAGUCAGAUUGUAAGAGCACUGGAAGGAGAAGCCUCAUUGGAAGACUUGAAAGAUGGAAUGAAGCUUAAAGGGAGUGGGAAUGGGAAUAGCAGUGCUUACCCUUCUUCAUAUGGGAGCUCAGAAUAUGAUACAAUGCAAUAUAAUGCUGAUAUGAUAAAGUUCAGACAGGCAAUAAUGUCAAGCCAAGAAUUUAACGACAGCAGUGAGCUUUCCAGUAAGGAGAUGAGUUAUCAUUAGAAACCCUAACUAAGCCCCGGGUGUACAACCACUUGAGAUUGCUGAAUCAAAAUGAUACAAUUCUCAACUAGCUUUGCAUGACCCUUAUGACAUAAUUAAGUCACAACCUUUUUGCUAACUCAAGCAUGUGCUAGGAAGGUAAAAAUAAAAAUAUAAACAAUUUUACUAAUGGGGUUUUUUUUUUUUUUUUAUAAUCUAUUUCAUUGGAAUAUAUGGGAAGUGAGAUUAGAAAAUCGAGAAUGAAUGAUUUGGUUUUGUGACCC